AUCGAGCGCCUCGUUGCCAACUGUAAGAGCAACGACAUUCACGCAGCAGAAAGUGCAGUAAGUGUGAAAACCUGCAACAUGAAGAAAGCCUUUACUGCUGAACAAAUAUCGCACUGGUUCACUUCGGGGACCACUUUUGCUAACAUUAAGCUUACAGAUGAAGCGGUUGAAAAAAAGUCUGAUGGGCCAUCGUCUAAAGACACCAGUUCAGCGAAGAGUCUUGAAGAGGAUGCCUUGAAGUCUGACCGAGGAAGGUUCCAACAAACAAAACCUGCAAAGAGCCCUGCUUCUCCUCCUCCUCCUUCCCUCACUACCUAUGAAUACCCAAGCUUGCCCAUAACCAAGAACAGGCAGGAACUCAUUUCCCUCGUACAAAACAACUCAGUUGUGAUCAUUCAAGGUGCCACAGGCAGCGGCAAGACAACCCAGCUGCCACAGUACAUCCUGGACCAUUACAAUGAGAAAAAUGCCUCAUGCAACAUUGUGGUCACCCAGCCACGCAAAAUUGGAGCCACCAGUAUUGCUCGUUGGGUUGCUACACAGCGGAAAUGUACUCUGGGUAGUCUGGUGGGCUAUCAGGUUGGGCUGGAGAAGAUGGCUACUGAGCACACUCGUCUAAUCUACAUGACCACCGGAGUGCUUCUGCAAAAACUGGUUUCAGCCAAAUGCCUCACAGAAUACUCCCACAUUUUUGUAGAUGAGGUUCAUGAGCGCACAGCAGAGAUGGACUUCCUACUGUUGAUUUUGAGAAAACUCCUUAAUUCCAACUCUCGUUAUGUCAAGAUAAUCCUCAUGUCUGCGACCAUUAACUGCAGACAGUUUGCUGAGUACUUUGGCACGCUCCUUCAUGGUAAAGUGCAACCUGCGUAUGUGUUCGAAGUGGAGGGGAAACCAUAUGCCAUUGAGGAGUUUUAUUUGGAUGACCUCCACGACCUGUUUCCAUACAGGAUUGAUUCGCCCUGUCCAGAUGAUCCUUACAUUUCAGCUGAAAUGUACAAUCUUGCCAUCAGUCUCAUCCAGAGAUUUGACGAGAUAGAGGGCAAGGAUUCAAGCAAAGCAGAGAAAGGAAAUGGGAUGGCUUUUUCAGAGCGAGGCAGUGUUUUGGUUUUCCUGCCUGGUAUACAUGAGAUAGGCUACAUGCAAGAGGCCUUGGCCAAGCUGGUUCACAAAAGAUUGCAGGUUUAUCCUCUCCACUCGUCAGUAACUUUGGAGGAGCAGAACGGUGUUUUCCUGUCUCCUGUGCCUGGAUACAGGAAGGUGAUCCUCUCCACCAACAUUGCAGAGAGUUCAGUGACUGUUCCAGAUGUCAAAUAUGUGAUCGACUUCUGCUUGGCCCGUCACAUGGUCUGUGAUCCAGAUACAAAUUACCAAUCUCUGCGUCUGACCUGGGCAUCUAAAACCAACUGCAACCAGCGCAGAGGUAGGGCAGGUCGAGUGUCCAAGGGAUACUGUUACCGUCUGGUGACCAAAGAAUUCUGGAAGAAUGAGAUCCCAGACUACAUGAUUCCAGAAAUGCUGCUUGCUCCCCUGGCCACAAUCAUACUGAAGGUGAAGCUACUAGACAUGGGAGAUCCCCGCUCCUUCCUCUCCACAGCACUCUCACCUCCCAACCUUGGUGACAUUGUUAAAACUGUGCUGCAACUCAAAGAGUUGGGUGCGCUGUCUGUGAGAAGUGAUGGCAGAGGACAGAAUGAUGAUGGCGAGCUGACAUUCUUGGGCACUGUGCUGGCCCACUUGCCUGUGGAUGUGUAUCUGGGGAAACUGAUUGUCCUGGGCCAUGUGUUUGGCUGCCUGGAUGAAUGUCUUAUCGUUGCUGCUUCACACUCUCUGAAGAGCUUCUUUGCCAUUCCAUCCAUGCAGAAGCUUGCAGGGCACAGAAGCAAGCUGGCUUUUGCUCGUGAUACACAAAGUGAUUCCAUAGCUUUUGUCAAUGCCUUCAAGGCAUGGUACUCAUCCAAAAAGAACGGACAACUGAGACACCCAAAGGAUGAGCUGGACUGGGGAAAAGAGAACUUCAUUCAGAUCAGGAGGAUCAGAGAGGUUGCAGAGCUUUAUGAGGACCUCAAGAAGCGUGUGUCCCAGUUCAACAUGCAUGUUGCAGAGGACACUCAGUUUGUUGACUACACCAGUAUACACAGGCAGAAGUUCAUUCUUCAGGUGGUCAUUGCUGGUGCAUACUACCCCAACUACUUUGUCCAGGGAGAAAUAAAUGAAUUCCUGGCAUCCAGAGAGCUGUGUGGCUUCAACCCUAGAACAACUGUGAUGGUGAGGAACCUCCCCCCAUACAGUUUUCUGUAUUAUAAGCAGCUGCAGUCUCUGUUCCGCCUUUGUGGACAGGUCAAAACCAUUUCCUUUGAGAACUCCAGAGCAUACCUGGAGUUCUACAGAACAUCCCAGGACUCAGGGGUGCUGCCAGAAGUGCAGCUUGCUCUCCUCUUGGAUCAGCGAGAUUCACCAGUGGAGCUUUCGGUCUACCCUACUGAACAAAUUGAAGUCAGUGCUGGGAGAAGACUCAUGACUCACAUGAAAUAUGCACGGGUGAAUGCUGACAUCCAAACCCAGUCUGUCUGCCCAAGGGGAAUGUUGAGCAGCCCCAUCAACCUAAACAAGCUGCCUCCCAAUCGCUUGUUUGUUGUGAACAUCACAGAGGUGGUGGAAGUGGGUCACUUCUGGGGUUUCCCAGCAGAUGAACUUAGCCUGGAAAAGCAGCGCCAUCUUACAGCAGAGAUUAACAUGCGUACACUGUGUCCUGUAACUGUGUCACUCUACCCAAACCUGUUGUGUCUGGCUCCAUAUUCAGAGGCCACUGAGCAGAACUUGUAUUACCGAGCCAAGAUCCUGCACAUGCGUGGUAAUUCCGUGGAGGUGUUCUUUUUAGACUUUGGGAACACGGCUGUUGUUCCCAGCAGCUGCUUGAGAGACCUACCAUCUGUCCUGCUCUCUCAGCCCUUCCAGGCUCAGGAGUUCCAAAUUGUUGACCUGCGCCCUUCAGCCCAGUCAAUUAUCCUAGGAAACCAGUGGAGCAGCCGUGCCCGCAACCGCUUCGUCACACUGGUGAAGGGUCAGUCAAUGAUCGUGUCUCUGUACUCCAUCCUCUAUGGUGUCAUGCAAGUAGAGCUGCUCAUGAACACAGAGUCAACAAAGAUCAGUGUGCUGGACAUAUUGGUGGAGGAGGGACAUGCUGUUAAAGCAGAAGAGAACUUUGAAUCUAAGCAAAACCAUGAAGCCCUGAUGUCUUUGUACAAGGACAUGGAGAAAGGAACAUAUGUCCCCAGUUCUAGCAGCAGCUCUUUAAAAGAGCGCAACAAAGAAGCGAAGGAACUGGUCGACAGUAUGCUUGCAUACUUUUCCAAGAGCCCACAGUCCUAUGCCAGAGCAAAGGUUCAACUGCAUGGACCAACAAGUCCUUACAAAAUUAACUUCCACAGCUUGAACCAGAAGACCUUCUACAAGACGGUGUUUCUAGAUAAGGCCAGCAUCAACUUCUUGGCCCUGAAUGAAAAUCCUCAUUACAAACAUCAGAGGAUGCUGGUGGCUGGAUAUGUGUCAGUCAACUCUUCAGGUGAACGCUUACUGUUGCGAGAUACCUCCAUCAUGCCGGGCAUCCCUGGACUGCCUGCCCUUGUGACGAUGCUUUUCACCCCCAUCAUGGAGUUGCGGACCAAUGAAGAGAGGACAUGCUACACAGGUGCCCUUUGUGGCUUAGGCUUUAACAGUCAGACACAAGAGGCCAUCCUUACUGAGCAUGACAUUGAACUGGCGUUUGACGUCAAGUUUGAUGUUGAAGACAUCACUGAGAUUAAUGCUUUGCGAGUGGCCAUAAAUCAGUUGUUGUGCGAUGGGCCCAGUAGCACCCUGCAUCUAGGACCCGACAAGAUCGCUCGCCAGCAGGACAACUGUCGGGACCGCCUCAUCAGACUGUUCAGCCGGUCCCCCCCAAGGGAAGAGAUUACUCCAGUGUACUAUGAAAAAUCUGGAAAGUGGUACCAGGUUGAUCCUUCUCUGAAGAUGGACAUCGCAGAGCCAGGAAAUGGAAAAACCAGAGGUGUUCUCUUCCAGCUACAUCCCAUCAUUCUGCUCAACAGUUAAAAAGACUAUACUCAUGGCAGUAGUGUUGAGCUGGUACUAAUGUAGUAAGAGCAGUUACUUUGACUUCUGCUUAACAAGUUUUCAGAGUAUAUUUAAGUUUAAAUGGGACAGUAGCUUUGAGCUGCACAUUUCUGUUAGUGUUUACCAGAAGA